CUUUUUUCUUUUUCCUUUUUGCCAAAUAAAAUGAGUAACCAAAUGGAGGUCUUAUUUCUGGAGAAAUGUGGGAUUUACGCCUUAGAAAAUUCCAUCUCUAACGAUUCGACUACAGCUCGUGUGGUACUUAUAGCUGCCCUCGACAACUAUUUGAAGUUAGCAUAUCCUUCCGCCUACCAAAAAAUCAUCGAGUGCUAUAGAUCGUUGGAAUUGUUUCUCAAGAAUGCAGGCCGUGAAAUAAUACGUGCAGGAUUGAUCAAAAAUUGGCAAAAUUGGAACUUUGAAAUCAUGACGAUGAAUGUCUACAGCAAUGACAAACGUCAUGAUCACAAAUGUUUCUCUCCCUUGACUUGGAAACCACAUGAAUCUGCAAGUCUAUUUGUAUUUUAUUCAAAGGACGAUAAGCGUAGAUAUGAAGCAGAGAGGGCUCAGAUGAAUAAAAAACAACGCAAAGAACAGGAACGCGUUGAACGUGCAGUGCGUGAAAAUACCAUUAUAUCCAUUCCUAACACCAGCAGCAUAAAAGAUGGUCUACGUAGACAGGAUCCUCUUACCAAUGAGAUCACCAAACUAUGUCGUUUAUUAACUCCUUCACAAAAAUCAGUAACAGAUGUGAAUUUCCUCAAAAAGAGAGUGCAAGCCAUGUUAAACCACGUAUGGCCAGGAUUAGACUACAAAGUUGCAAUCUUUGGUUCAUCAGCAAAUUCUCUAGCUUUGCAUGAUGCUGAUGUUGACUUUUGUAUUGUCGUACCUGAAGCGAAAUUCGAACAAGAUUUAAAACAUUACAAAAACAGGUUAUCUAAACAACCAAAAUCUGUUUACAACAUGUUCUUUUUAGCAUCACGUUUAAGAGACAUUGGAAUGAAAAAUGUAGAAGCUAUUGGCAAUGCAUCUGUACCUAUUUGUAAAUUUGUAGAUCCUCAGACAGGUUUUCAAUGCGAUAUUAAUACAAAUAAUAUCUUGGGAAUCGAAAAUACCGGAAUGAUUCAAAAAUACUGCAAUAUGGACUCUCGAAUCCGACCCUUGGUGUUUGCUAUUAAACAAUUUGUAAAGCAGAAAAACAUCAACAACCCUCGUGGUGGUACAUUGAGCAGUUAUGCUUAUGUGAUUAUGGUCUUGCACUAUCUUAUGUCAGCCCUUCCUGAUCCGGUCAUUCCUAGUCUUCAAAGACUUGAAAGCAAAUGCUCGUCACGUACCUGUAAUUACAAAACAUCAAAAUAUGUUUCAUUAUUACAAGACCACCAAAUCAUCAAAUGUGACGCACGGUAUCACGAUUGUGUUCAAAUACGUAACUCCUCUGAAUACGAUUUACCCGUGAAAGGAGCCACAAACGUUUGGGAAGGAAGAAACACAGAUUCCAUUUCCUCCCUCUUAAAAGGCUUCUUUCAAUAUUAUUCUAUACCAGUCAAUUUUACUCUCUCUAUUAUCACACCUGACGGUGUCAUCUUUAAGCCUGAAGAAUUGGUUCAUACCAAAAGUCCGUUUAUCAUUCAGGACCCAUUUAUCAUAAGUAAAAAUGUCGCAAGAUCUUGUACAAUUGUAGGCGCCACCAUUAUUUUGCAAGAAUUUCAACGCGCUUCUAGACUGUUGAACGAGGCCAGUCAUCGAUUCUCCGAUAUAUGUGAUCCUUCUUCCAACCUACUCCGCCCUGUAGAUACUGAAUCCAUGGAAUAUCGAUUUCAGCAAAGACAGCCAGCUGCAAGAUCAACUAGGAUUAGUAAACAAGACAAAGUUGUUGGUUAUUUGAAUGAAAAGAUAGAAAAUGUAUAUAGAGCGGAAUCUCAUCAGCCUAUUGACUUCUUAACUGGAAGCGACUCAGAUAUUGACAAUAUACAUACGGCAGAUUUGCUUACUCCCUAUUCCUUUGAUGAACCUUUGGUAGUUUUUAAUGGAACUCAAGUCGCUGAGCCGAUAAUCGAACCAGUCAGGAAAGAAAAUUUAACACCCACCAGGGAGGAUCAACCCCGUCAUUCACUGACAGGAGAUUGGUGUGCCCCAGAUGCACCUAAUAUCUCUGGCGUAUUGGAGGUGGUCAAAAAAUUGAUGCUGGCACAACCACACCUAGAAAACGAUGUGUCCUUUAAUUCUUACACUUCAAGGCCUUGUACAGAUAUGGGAAAGUUACUAGAAGAACCUUGUAUGCAAAAUGUUCUUCCCAAAGACAUUUGCUAUUUAAUCGCGCAACUAAAUUUUUUGGGAGAUGCCAUAGCUGACAAAAUAGUAUCCAGCUCAGCUGUCAAACAAGUACAACCCUUUUCAGAUCCAGAAGCCGGUUUACUCUAUGUGAAACAAUUACAAGAAAUGAUGAACUCGGUAGAUCUGAGUGAGGAAGAAGAUGAUCUUUCGGAUAGGAUAAAGAAUGCAGACGGGUCAGAAACGGAUUUGGAUUACGAUGAUGAGGAUGAAAUCAGGGUGAAUUACUAUGUACAUGAUAUGCCAGAGCCAAUCGAAAAAUAUGAAAUAUAUAAUUUACUCGUGUGGUAUGGAAAAGUGGUUGACAUCGUGUUUACAGGCGAUAACGCAUGGAUGGCAGAAGUAGUUAUAAAAUUCAGGAAUUAUAAGCUGCUUCCAACCAAACCCGAAUUUGGCGAUAUUACAGCUAAUGGGUUUGCAAUUAUCUUAUAAUAAAAUAAUUUGCGCACCGCCAAUUAAAUUUAAUGACCAAUUGUAACGUGUAUUCGCCAUGUUUGAUAGAAGUCUAAUUUUAUAUUGAAGUGUAAAUGCCAGAUUUUCAGGUAACCAUCAAGAAAUUGACCCAGGUACGUGAGUAAGUAACCUUUACGAGAAGCGUAUGUGUAACCUAAAGAAAAGGAUUGAUAAUCCCAUGUUAAAGCAUUGAAACACGUCAUUAUUAUAUUUGUGGUACACCAAAAAAUAAACUCAACUACAC